AUGUCUCGACCGCUGACCGACGAGGAACGGCGGCGGCAGAUCAGCGUGCGGGGGCUGGCGGGGGCCGAGAAUGUGGCGGAACUGAAGCGCAACUUCAACCGGCACCUGCACUUCACUCUCGUCAAGGAUCGCAAUGUCGCGACACCGCGCGAUUACUACUUCGCGCUGGCCCACACCGUGCGCGACCACCUGGUGGGGCGCUGGCUGCGGACACAGCAGUACUACUACGAGAAGGACCCCAAGCGCAUCUAUUACCUGUCCCUGGAGUUCUACAUGGGGCGCACUCUGACCAACACGAUGGUGAACCUGGCGCUGCAGAGCGGCUGCGAUGAGGCGCUGUACCAGCUGGGGCUGGACAUGGAGGAGCUGCAGGAGAUCGAGGAGGAUGCAGGGCUGGGAAACGGCGGCCUGGGGCGGCUGGCAGCCUGUUUCCUGGACUCCAUGGCCACCCUGGGACUCGCUGCCUAUGGAUACGGGAUCCGCUACGAGUUCGGGAUCUUCAACCAGCGAAUUGCAGGGGGGUGGCAGGUGGAGGAAGCCGACGAUUGGCUGCGCUACGGGAAUCCCUGGGAGAAGGCGCGUCCCGAGUACACGAUCCCAGUGAGGUUCUACGGGAGGGUGGAGCAUGGCCCGGGCGGGGCCAGGUGGCUGGACACACAGGUGGUGCUGGCCGUGCCCUAUGACACCCCCGUGCCCGGGUACCGCAAUAACACAGUGAACACUCUGCGUCUCUGGUCGGCCCGAGCUCCCAAUGACUUCAACCUCAAGGACUUCAAUGUCGGUGGGUACGUCCAGGCCGUGCUGGACCGAAACCUGGCAGAGAACAUCUCCCGUGUGCUGUACCCCAACGACAACUUUUUCGAGGGGAAGGAGCUGAGACUGAAGCAGGAAUACUUCGUGGUGGCGGCAACACUCCACGACAUCAUUCGGCGCUUCAAAUCCGCCAAAUUCGGGAGCCGUGACCCUGUGAGAACAUCCUUCGAAACCUUCCCUGACAAGGUCGCGAUCCAGCUGAACGACACCCACCCGUCCCUGGCCAUCCCGGAGCUGAUGCGGAUCCUGCUGGAUGAGGAGCGGCUGGGCUGGGAUGAGGCCUGGAACAUCACGGUUCGUACCUGUGCCUACACCAACCACACGGUGCUGCCCGAGGCCCUGGAGCGGUGGCCGAUCCACCUCCUGGAGUCGCUGCUGCCGCGGCACCUGCAGCUCAUCUACGAGAUCAACCAGCGCUUCCUCGACCGUGUCUACGCCUCAUUCCCCGGGGACCACGACCGCCUGCGCCGGAUGUCGCUGGUGGAGGAAGGCGCCGUCAAACGCAUCAACAUGGCCCAUCUGUGCAUCGUGGGGUCCCAUGCUGUCAACGGUGUUGCUGCCAUCCACUCCCAGAUCCUCAAGGACAGCGUGUUCAAGGAUUUCUACCAGCUGGAGCCCAAGAAGUUCCAGAACAAGACAAAUGGGAUCACCCCGAGGCGCUGGCUGGUGCUGUGCAACCCCGGCCUGGCCGAGGUCAUCGCACAGCGCAUCGGGGAGGAUUUCGUGUCCGACCUGGACCAGCUCCGGCGGCUCCGGGACUUCGUGGACGAUGAGAGUUUCAUCCGUGACGUGGCCAAAGUCAAGCAGGAGAACAAGGUGAAGUUCGCAGCCUACCUGGAGAAGAUGUCGGGGGUGCGGGUGAACCCCGCCUCGCUCUUUGAUGUUCAGGUGAAGCGGAUCCACGAGUACAAGAGGCAGCUGCUCAACUGCCUCCACAUCAUCACCCUCUACAACCGGAUCAAGAAGGACCCUGGGAAACCCUUCGUGCCCCGAACCAUCAUGAUUGGGGGCAAGGCAGCCCCUGGGUACCACAUGGCCAAGAUGAUCAUCCGGCUGGUGACAGCGAUUGGGGACGUGGUGAACCAGGAUCCGGCGGUGGGAGAUCGGCUGCGGGUGCUGUUCCUGGAGAACUACCGGGUGUCCCUGGCUGAGAAGGUGAUCCCAGCGGCCGACCUGUCAGAGCAGAUCUCCACGGCGGGCACGGAGGCCUCGGGCACCGGGAACAUGAAGUUCAUGCUCAACGGGGCCCUGACCAUCGGCACCAUGGACGGGGCCAACGUGGAGAUGGCGGAGGAGGCGGGCGAGGAGAACCUCUUCAUCUUCGGCAUGAGGGUGCCUGACGUCGAGGCGCUCGACAGACAGGGGUACCGCGCCCAGGAGUUCUAUGACCGCCUGCCCGAGCUCCGCCAGGCCGUGGACCAGCUCAGCUCUGGCUUCUUCAGCCCCCGCCAACCCGACCUGUUCCGCGACAUCGUCAACAUGCUCAUGAACCACGACAGGUUCAAGGUGUUCGCGGAUUACGAGGCGUAUGUGAAGUGCCAAGAGAAAGUCAGUGCCCUCUACAAGAACCCACGGGAAUGGACCCGGACCGUGAUCCGGAACAUCGCGGCCUCUGGGAAGUUCUCGAGCGACCGGACGAUCGCUCAGUACGCGCGGGAGAUCUGGGGCUGCGAACCCUCCCGGCAGCGCAUUCCCGCCCCCGACGAGUAGGGGAUUCCCCCCGCCCG